AUGGCUUCUCUCCGUUUCUUCUCAAGAACCCUAAAAUCAUCAAAUCCUUUAAUUCGAUCACUCCCCCAAAUCCCCUCCUCUUCUUCCCCAAACCCUAACCCUAAUCUCAGAACCCUACCUUUCUCCACCUCCUUCCUCAUCACCAAAACGCCAGACAAAUUCAAAAAGAAGCGGAAAAAACCAGAAUCCGCCAGAACCAAACCCGUCCAACACGAAUCAGCCAAAAUCCCGCAUUUCGAAUCCCUCGUCGGGCGCGAUUCCCAUUUCCGAUUCCUAACCCGAUCCAAAGAGUUCAUCGCGAAGCAACCCGACCGGAUCCUCCGCCUCGACGACGCCGGAAAACUCUACCGCGAGCUAGGCUUCCCACGCGGCCGCAAGGUGACUCGCUACAUCCCCAAACACCCUCUCAUCUUCCAGACGUACCGGCACAGCGACGGGAAGAUGUGGCUAGGGUUCUCUGAAUUCAUGGAGGAUCUCUUAGACGAAGAGAAGGCUUUAAUCGACUCAAUGGAAUUAGAUAGAGUCAAUCGCGUGAGGAAGCUGUUGAUGAUGACGAAAGACAAACGGAUCUUACUCAGCAAAAUCCACCACACUCGAUUGCUCUUCGGGAUCCCAGAGGAUUUCAGAGACCGGGUCGGGAAAUACCCGGAUUAUUUCCGGGUCGUAACGGGUCAGGACGGGAACCGGGUUCUCGAAUUGGCGAAUUGGGAUCCGAAUCUCGCGGUGAGUGAGCUGGAGAGAACGUUCAUGGUUGACGAAGAUAAAGCGAAGAAAGCGUUUAAAUUUCCAUUGAAACAUGGUAAAGAAUUGGAAUUGGGAGAGGAAGAUGCAAGAAAGCUGAAUCAGUUAAACACUCUGCCUUUGGUUUCGCCGUAUUCCGAUGGUUGGAAGCUGGAUCUGUGGACGUUGGAAGCGGAGAAGUACCGAGUAGGGAUCGUUCACGAGUUCUUGAGCUUGACGUUGGAGAAACGAGCUUCGAUUCAUCACAUUGUCGAGUUUAAAGAAGAGUUUAGCUUGACUAGACAGACGUACCAGAUGCUCAAGAAGCAGCCCAAGACUUUUUACUUGGCCGGUACUGAGAUGAACUGGACCGUCUUCUUGAAAGACGGUUACGACGUAACCGGCGCGAACGGUGGUGGUUUGAUCUUGAAAGAUCCUCAGGUUGUGUUUAACGAGAAGCUGUAUAAGUAUGCAGAUAUGCAGCAGAUGGAAGUUUGA